CUCUCUGCCGGCGACCUCCGAAGUUUCGCAACUCGACACAUUUCCUAGUGCUAGUGAUGUGCUAAACCUAUCCGGUCGGAAGUCCACAUAACGUGCACGGCAGUGACGUCACCGGGAGCGGAGGCAAGGGCACCGGCUCGCCGAGCUCGGCAGGUCACGGCGUCAUGGGACACACAACACUAGUGAAUCUGACCAAGUGAUAAUAUAAUACAAAGAUAGUGUUUAUGUAAUGAACUGUACAGUGGGUGCCGUGCCAGUGUUGUGUCAUGAACAGUGAAACGCCUCCACAUCUCUAAACACGUGGAAAUGAAAAGAGAAAAGUACAAGAACUCUAUCCGGGAACACGGGCUGGGUGAGCGAUGAAGGGGUGGUUCGACGCGUUCCGCGAGGAAGGCGGGCCGACCCUAUACGCGUACCACAACCGCACGGCAGUAGCCGCGGACGUGCCUGCGCUCGCGCUGCUCAUAGCGGCGCUCACGCUCUACGUCGCCUUCCUCGCUGUCUUCCCCGGCAUCAGGAAAGAGAGAUUCUCAACGUUCACGAUAGUCACACUUAGUCUUUUCGUCGGCACCGUCAUUCUAGUUUGUAAACACGGGUCGUCGUGGCACGUGUCGGGGGCCCGCGUGGCGCGCGCCGCUUACCGCGCCUUCUCCGCCGAGCGCCUGGACUGCUGGCUCGCCGUGCACGUGGGGCUCGGCCACGUCAACGUCACGCUCACCGCCCUGUCUUGGGGCAACACGAGCGUGGGAGACCCGGGUGUAGACUACAAUGAGCAGUUCCGCUGGGAGGAGGCCGGGGCUAUCCAAGAGUUCUACAGGGAUGGUCUGACACGAGGCUUGCCAUUCCCUCUGUUAUCUGUCGCGGAACACUUCGCCGUGCAGCAUGAAGGCUUCGAUUGGGGAGCCAAGUACCGCGCCGCGGGAUAUACUACUUCCACAUUGCUAUGGACGGCGCUAGCUCUGUGGUUACUAAUGAACCUGCUGCUGGUGGUAGUGCCUCGGUACGGCGCAUACGCCAUGGCCACGUUAGGCGUGACGCUAUGCGCGGCCGCAGGGGGCUACUGGGCGUCACUGCCUCACGCGCCUCUAGUCGUACGCCUAGACGGAGCUAUGCUGUUCUUCUCGCUGGGAUGGUGCUUCUGGCUGGUAUUGAUAGCAGGAUGUAUCUGCUUGGGAGUAGGUUUAAUAAUUGCAAUCCUGGAUCUGGUGUGGCCGCACCGGUUCUCCACAGUAUUAGAAGUGGAUUACGAUACGCCGUACGAUAGGCACGUGCUCAUCGUGGACAGCCGGCAGCGAGCCCGGCCGCAGACACAAGCGUCAUUACCCACUAGGAUACUUAGAAGACUGUCAUCAAAGACCCGUGACACAGAUGGCCAUGUCUCAAUGGCAGUAGUUAACGAAAACGAGAGGGGUCGAGACAAUCCGGCCUACCAGCAUGAGCAGAGGAAACCUAACUCACCGUGGAGGUAUCCGCUCUUCAGAAGACAAAUUGAUAGAGCGGACUCGGCGUCGAGUCUGGGGUCAAGCAUAAAUGGUAACAGUUCCGGUAUCAGGAUGUCUCCACUGGCUUCGGGAGCGCUCCCGGCGUCCACGCCUUCCAUCCCUGCGCAUAGGUACAUUACGAGUACUUCUCAGUCUUGUCGCUAUGUUAAGUAAACGCUGCUUGCUGAAUUUACUUUGUAAAGUACCGUCCACAAAUACCAGCGGCAGAGAGAGUGAAGGACAUGUGGUGAUUAGUGUAACAAAAACAUAGUUUAAUUUACACUGAAACAAUAAUAAGUGUGGCUGGCGAUACAUCAUCUGAAAGUUACUGAUCUCUACGGACCUCCAAUAUGAUGGUGCACAAAUACGAAUUAGAAACAAAAUUGUUUAGUGAUAUAGACUUAGAAUACUUUAGCAGCUUCACAUAUUACCGGCCAUAAUCAAAGUGUGAAUUAUCUCAAAGUAUGAAAACUACUGGAAAAGAUGCACUUUAACAAUCCUAUAUGUCUAAAUGGAAUCUAAAAAAAAAUUAAGCCAGUUGAUCGACUAUAAUAAAAACUGUAAAUAUGUACAUUAUAGUUAGGUAUCUAAAUUAUGUUUAACGAAUCCGUCCAGUGUCAUAAAUUAAAUACCUAGGAAAUAAUUGUUUAUACCUCUUGUGAGAUAAUAUGAGUAAUAAUUAUGUUUGACUGCAUCGACACAAGUGAAUGCUUUGUGCCAUGUAAUACUACAAGAGACAAGUGUAAAAUAGCACAAAAAAUAAUGCAUAACCCUUGAAAGAUCUUGUAGAUACUAAAAUCAUUAGACUUGACAUUGAAUUAAAGUUAAUAUUACCACAGAACGUUAAAGUUAAUAACGACAUAUCAAUUAAAAUAAAUGACAUCGAAUCAAUUAAACAAUUCGGCAUUCUAUUAUUAGAACGAAGUCAUUUAGGUGUACUUUUAGAUUUAAGUUAUUUAUUUAAUUAAUUUUCAAUUGUAGUUGGAUGUGUGAGUGUGGUGAGUAGCCAUGUGUAACAACAAUCACAAUUAUAUUUCUACGUCACUUUAGACCUAACUACUUACAUCACGGAACAUUUUCAAUGUUGUGAAGAUGUGUUUGCAACAGUGAAUGUGUAUUGUACCUAUAUGUAUUUUAAUUGUAACUAUAGUGAGAUGCAGAGUGAAUGAUUUAAAUCGUAUUUAUUGUGAUCGAAAAAAUAAUUAUACAAAUUCGAAACUUGGACA